AUGUCUUCCGACUACGACGUCUCCGACGACGACCAGGAGUACUACGACGAAGACGACGACGAGCUCAUGGACCUCGACGAGGACGGAUCUGCAUCUGAAGUUGAGAUGGACUUCGGCGGCGACUUCCCUGGCCCCAGCAAGUCCAACCUGAAGGUGUACGAAGUCGAGCAUUCGUCGCUCUCCCAGGUCGACGUCGAGAAGAUGAUGCAGAGCGACGUCGACCACAUCAGCGGCAUUUUCGGGGUUGAGCCGCCGGUGGCUGCUCUCCUCCUCCGACACAUGGACUGGAACAACGAGAAGCUAAUCGAGAAGUACAUGGACAACGCCUCUGCUGUCUCCGUCGCUGCCGGUGUCGAGCUCCCUCCACGCGAUCCGUCGCCUCCGCCAGCCAAAGCGUCCUCCAGCCGCGGGGCACCGGGGCCCCAGCGGACGGUCCGGCGCUCGACCGCGGACUCCACGCGCCCGGGGAGCAAGGCAAAGCGCGCGAGCGAGCCCGAGCCGUCCCCAGAGCCGUUCGUGUGCCCGAUUUGCGUCGACGACGAGCAGACGGAGACGCUCGCGCUCAUGUGCGGCCACCGCUUCUGCACGGGCUGCUGGCGGGACUACAUCACCUCCAAGGUGCGCACCGAGGCCGAAUGCAGGAUCGCGUGCAUGGCCGAGGACUGCGCGGUCGUCGCCCCGGACCCGUUCACAUGGACGCGGUACUCGGAACUGCUCGUGCGCCAGUUCGUCGGCGUCGUCGCGCACCUCAAGUUCUGCCCCUACCCUAGCUGCACGCACACGGUGUCAUGCCCCGCCGCGGCGACGCGCUCUGCGCUCGCGCAGAUGGUGCCGAUCGUGACGUGCGGGGCAAGCGCGGCGCACGUGUACUGUUUCGGGUGCGCGGUGGACGACGACCACCGGCCGGUGGUGUGCGCGGUGGCGCGGAUGUGGCUGCAGAAGUGCCGGGACGACUCGGAAACGGCGAACUGGAUCAAGAGCAACACGAAGGAGUGCUCCAAGUGCCAGAGCACGAUUGAGAAGAACGGGGGGUGCAAUCACAUGACGUGCAAGAAGUGCAAGUACGAGUUCUGCUGGGUCUGCAUGGGGCCGUGGUCAGAGCAUGGAACGUCGUGGUACUCUUGCAACCGGUAUGACGAGAAGGCGAGCGUCGACGCGCGUGAUGCGCAGACCAAGAGCAGGGCAUCUCUGGAGCGGUAUCUUCAUUACUACAACCGAUGGGCGAACCACGAGCAAUCGGCGAAGCUGUCGAUGGAGCUGUACGCGAAGACGGAGAAGAAGAUGGAGGAGAUGCAGAUCACGUCGGAGCUGACGUGGAUCCAGGUGCAAUUCAUGAAGAAGGCGGUGGACGUCGUGUUCAAGUGCCGGAUGACGCUCAAGUGGACGUACGCGAUGGCGUACUACCUCUCGCUCGGGAAUGAGAAGGAACUGUUCGAGGACAACCAGCGGGACCUGGAGAGGGCAGUCGAGGAGCUGUCGGAGUUGAUUGAAGCUCCGAUUGAUCCUGAAAGUAUUCUGAGCCUGCGACAGAAGGUGACGGACAAGACGGUCUACGUCCAGAAGCGGAAUGAGAUUAUGCUGGAGGACACGGCGAAGGGCUUCCUGGACGGUCGAUGGUCGUGGAAUAUAACCGGAGAGGGCUUCGACUGA